AUGGCAGGUGUUAAUAUUGCUAUCAUUGGUGCAGGUGUUGUCGGAUCUGAGCUCAUCUCUCAAUUGACUUCUCUUAAGGGUUACAUUGAGUACAACGUGGUUAUCCUCGCUGAAUCCAAGCAUGUCUUGCGUAGUGAGGACUACUCUCCUUUGAACAUGUCUUCUUGGAAACAAAAUCUUGCGGCUUCUAGUAAGCCACCAAUGUCUCCUGCACAGAUUGCUGAUUUCAUGAAGAAAUCUCCACUUCCAGCCAUUUUGGUUGACAAUACUUCUAAUCAAACCAUUGCUAACUCCUACCCUAUCUUCAUUAAGGCAGGUAUAUCUGUGGCUACUCCCAACAAAAAAGCCUUCUCCAGCGAUAUUAAGUUAUGGAACAGCAUCUUCGAUUAUGCCGGAAAACCUGGCUAUGGUCUCUGCUACCAUGAAUCAUCUGUUGGUGCAGGUCUUCCAUUGAUCUCCCCUUUGAAAGAGAUGAUCCUAACAGGUGACGAAGUCUUGAAGAUUGAGGGUAUCUUUUCAGGAACUCUUUCUUACAUUUUUAACGAAUUCUCGGCUGUAAAACCUUCCAACACGAAGUUUUCUGAUGUGGUUAAGAUUGCCAAGCAGAAAGGUUACACGGAGCCAGAUCCAAGAGAUGAUUUGAAUGGAUUAGAUGUAGCCAGAAAAGUUACUAUCUUGGCCAGAAUAUCCGGUUUGCCUGUUGAAUCUGCUACUUCCUUCCCCGUCCAGUCUUUGAUUCCAAAAGAAUUGGAAUCCGUCUCUUCUGGCGAUGAGUUCUUGCAAAGAUUGCCUGAAUUUGACGACCAGAUGGAGUCACUUAAAGCUGAGGCUGCCAAAGAAGGUAAAGUGUUGCGUUUUAUUGGUACCGUCGAUGUUCCAAGCAAAAAGACUUCCGUGAAAAUUCUUAAGUAUGACUUCUCUCAUCCAUUUGCAUCCUUAAAGGGCUCAGAUAACGUUAUCUCCAUCAAGACCAAGAGAUAUCCAAAUCCAUUGAUCAUUCAAGGUGCUGGUGCUGGUGCCGCAGUUACUGCCAUGGGUGUUUUAGGUGAUGUCAUCAAAAUCGCUCAAAGAAUUGCCCAUUAA